AAGAGGAGGGGUACAAUGUUUAGAAGAGAUAGUGAGAGUAUUUUCCUUGUAAAAUUUCAAUAGCUCGUUUGCACAAGUGUAUAUCGCCUCCACUUUAAUAAAACCCUCCCAAGUUUUAGUUUGCUUCUCUAUAUUAUAAUGGCCUCCUCUGCAGUUAUUGUUUUCCUGAAAGAUGAGAAGCUCCGGCAGCUCGCCCAGCUUAUUCGUAACUACGAAGUUAACAACUUAUACCACAUAACUUUCCAAAGCUUAGGGGACCAACACGUUUACCUGAGGAUGUGCAACGACAACGUGGGAUCCGUUAACACACUCCUGGAUAACUGCAAUGCGAUAGUGAUCAAGUAUAAGGACGACGGUGUUCGCCGGCCCAUCGCCGAUCAGAUUCUUGGUUAUACAGAGCACUGCCUCAACAAUGCACUUCAGCUCAUCAGGAACUACACUCUGCGAAGUAGUUAUCUUGACAAAAUGAAGUCUCACCAACAGCAACUCUUCCAAGCGCUGGAGGAGUUGGACACUUCGAGUGGAGAUGCUGUGGUUGAUUUCACCGACUCCAUUCAGGAACACGACCAAUUGGUUAUGAGCUACAUGAGGUUGAAUCUCAACUCUUAUGCUUCAGCAGAAUUCUCAAGACAUCUCAGGAACGUCGGCAUUGGCUUUAAGGAACUAGUUCAAAGUUAUCAAAUUAAGCUUGGGUAUACAGGACAGUUUGAGAAGUUAGAAGUAGAACAAAAGCUAGAGGUAUAUGCUGCAAUAAUUAAGGCAUCGGGCCGGCUAAGUGUAUUAUCGGCCGAGCAGGAGAAGGGAGACGACAUAGUUAAGGCUGCGUCACUAACAUAUCAGGAGAAGGGAGACGACAUAGUUAAGGCUUCGUCAAUAACAUAUCGAGGGAAGAAACCGAAUUAUGGUUCGGCAGCCAUGUUCCUGAUAGAUGUGGGACAGAUAAUCUGGGACGUGUAUUCGUCGGACCACCCAAUCACAACGGCUACGAGAGAUGCCUUAGUUAGGGCUGCAAAAGAAGGUGGAUCAGCUUUGGGAAAGCUUGUGGGAGUUGCUGUAGCAACUGAGUUAGCUGGUGAAGCAGUUACUGCGUUGUUCGUCACGGCCGUUGGAAUAAUCGGAGGAUUUGUGGGAUCUUAUAUUGUUGGAAAAUUGGCCGGCUUCUUGUUCGAUCAGAUUUUCAGCUCCGGUGGGGAAGCCGUCCUUCCGACUGAUGGCUUCAUCGUCUAUGUUGCUACCAUGCCUAAUGGCCACGACCUGGCCAUACAAAUAAAUAAAUAAAUCUAUCUGUUUUUAUAUACAAUGAUCCUGGUGAUGAAAUAAAAAUAAAUAUUCAGUGAGAAGAAUAGAAAUUCCCAUGUAUCCUGAGUGAGUGUGUAAUCCAAAGGAUCUAGCUACUGGCUGAGCUUUUGGGAAAAUAUUGUAAUAUUGCAUUUCAAACAUAUAUUAAUUUUCAUCUCUGAAAUUAUCCAA